AGAGUUGGGAAGGGAGGCCUGGGGACCCCCAGGAGCUGGGUUCAAAUCCCGCCUCGGCCACGCGGCUGCGGGGUCACCGGGGACGACUCACUUCACUUCGACUCAGUGGCAAGACCCCGGGCUGGACAGUCGGAGGUGGGUGGUGGGUUCUAAUCCUCCUCCCCCGCCUGUCUGCUGUGUGACCUUGGGGUCGUCGAGCGGGGGAAGGAAACAGAUGACUAAUUCACGAGGAUGAAUGCCUCGUCGGUAGUAAAGCGGCUGAGGGAUUUGGCAGCAGAGCCAAAUAACAGAGCUUCGAUAGUUAAAGAUAAAGGGUGUCUCCCUGGCCUUAUUCUCUUCCUCGACCACCCUGAUGUUGAGGUUACUCAUUCAGCUCUCCAGGCCCUCGGUUAUCUCUCCGAAUGCCCGUCUAAUUGUGAAAUCAUGAGGAGAGAGCUUGGCAUGAUGGCGAGCUUGGAGAAGUUGAGGAAGAGGAGCGAUGUCGGCGGUGACAUUCGGCUUCUGGCCGAAGAGAUCCAGUAUGCGCUGAGCGAUUCCCUUCGAGUGAACCGUACGAGCACUCCAGAAAAUCUCCACCCCAAAAUUAAAGCGCCGUCUUUCUUCCUCAGUAGUUCAACUAAGACGGCCAAGACUAUCACUCUCCAUAUCCAAGGCCUGGAUAAUACGCAUACAAGAACUUUGUGUGAAGAGGCUCUGUUGAAAGUCAAGGGGGUGAUCAGCUUUACUUUUCAAACGGCUCUUAAGCGGUGCACCGUGAGAGUUAAGUCGGAUCUCCCGACGGAGCUGUUAGCAACUGCGAUCGCCACAACUAAAGUUCUAGAGGCACAACAAGUGAUCAAGAAUGAAGGGGGAAAGGAGAUUUUUAUCCCUCUGAGAGCUGUAAACGCUAAUCUAGAAGACGAUUCAGAUCUGCCAGCUUAUCUGCCUGAAGAAAGCCCCCAGGAAGAAAAUGAGAAGGCUGUUUUACGGACCGGAACUAAAUCGGAGACAAGCAGAAGCUGGAUCGAUGCCGCAACCAACUUCCUGACAAAAACUUUUUAUUGGUGAAAUGAUCUGUCAAACAAGAUAUUCGAAACACUGAGA